AUGACCGUGACUUUGAGCUCUUUGAGCUCUUUGGCCUGCGUCUUUGACUUCUCUGCAGGCAGCAAGCAGCACUGCGUUUCGAGUCGACUCAACACUCCCCUUCCCGCUCCCUGUCCUUGUCUGCUCUGCCCGCUCCUGUUCAUGUCACACUGCAGGCCAAAUGACCUUCCCUGCAGACAGCAAGCAGCCCAAACUCUCCGUCAUCUUCUGACCUUUCCUUUCCACACCCUUCUCUCGCUCCUCCUAUGCUUUCUCUGCCCCUAUUGCCGUCGCUUCACUGUAGGCCAGAUGACCUUCCCAGCAGACAGCAAUCAGCCCAAACUCUCACUCGUGGCCUCCCCCAAAUCACACCCACUCUUACACCACCCCCUCUGCUUCCCCUGUCUGCCUGCUUCUCUGCCCCUGUCUGCUCUCCCUGCUCCUUUUCGCCUCACUGCAGGUCAAAUGACCUUCCCUGCAGACAGCAAGCAGCCCAAACUCUCCGUCGUAUUUUGGCCUCCCCCCUCCACGCCCUCCUCUCCCUCUUCUACCGCCACCUCACAAUACACGCCUGCCUCCCUGCCAGUUGACGAACCAGGUCUAGAAUCGGUUGAAAUGACUGCCAGUGAUGGCGCGCGCUACCGCUGCAUCCUCCCACCGCCUUCGCUCUCCUCCCCGCCCUCUCCUGCUGGAGGGGCGGAGGGGGCGGGGGCGAAGGGCGGGGCGGCAGGAGUGGCGUUUGGGGAGAGCCGGAAGAGUCCGGAGGACCUGUUGGAUGCGAUGAAGGGUCUGCCUUGCUUCUACCGGCAAGACGGGUGGUGGACGUACGAGUUUUGCUACAAGAAGCACAUUCGCCAGAUGCACAUUGAACAGCAGGACGGGGAAAACAAGGUGACCAUGGACUUUGUAUUGGGGCGGUACAGCGCCAGAGAGUCACUGCGCGCACAGAGGAGACUAGAGGCAACCGCUGCUGCUGGUGGUGGCGACGUGGGGAAGAGGUACCAUGUCCAAGUGUACACCAAUGGCACAGCCUGCGACCUCACUGGCGCUGGCCGUCGCACCGAGGUGCGGCACGUGUGUGAGGAGGGCGCACAGACGUUCAUGGGCAGUAUCAAGGAGGGCCCCACGUGUGAAUACGAGCUGGCGCUCCACACCAACCUGCUCUGCUCGCACCCCCUCUUCCGCACGGUGCGGCAGCCCAUCCACUUCAUCAACUGCCAUCAGUUCCCCACUCUCUCCUCCUCUCCCUCUACCUCUGCCGACUCCGCUCUCCAACCCCCUCCUCUUGAUGACAUUGCGGGGGGAACCGGGGAGGGUGGUAGCCAGGGCGAGGAGGAAGAGGAAGAGGGUGUGGAGGGAGAGGGGGAGAAGAGGGAGGGAGUGGAGGGUGGUGGUGGUGUUGUGGUGGAGGGGGAGGAGGAUGGGGUGCUGUCGUUUGAGUACGAGGGGGAGGAGGAGGAGGAGUUGAUCGAGGUGGAUCCAGAGGUGGAGGAGAUUGAGGAGAGCCUCAGUGCCCUGUGA